UCUGUCAGUGUCAGGCAUCUGACGACUAAAAGAUAAUUAAAAGAUUAUUGUAAAAUCAAAAUCUGUAGUAUUUACAGUUUGAAGGUUUCCAUUGAAGCGCCAUAAAUUAGCCAAAGAUGUUUGUCGCACGCAAUUUAAAGAAAACAGCACGUUUCGCGGUGCGUUGCAAGCACUCUUUGCCAAAGUUGCCUUACGACUACGCUGCUUUGGAGCCCAUAAUUUGUCGUGAGAUUAUGGAACUGCACCACCAGAAGCAUCAUCAGACCUACGUGAACAAUUUGAACGCAGCAGAGGAACAACUGGAGGAGGCUAAGUGCAAGAGCGACACUACUAAAAUCAUUCAGUUGGCUCCGGCCCUGCGCUUCAAUGGCGGCGGACACAUCAAUCAUACCAUCUUCUGGCAGAACCUCUCGCCCAAUAAGACCCAACCGACCGAUGACUUGAAAAAGGCCAUCGAGUCGCAGUUCAAGAGCCUCGAAGAGUUUAAAAAAGAGUUAACCACACUCACUGUUGCCGUGCAAGGCUCCGGCUGGGGAUGGUUGGGUUACAACAAGAAGACGGGUAAGUUGCAGCUGGCUGCGUUGCCCAACCAGGAUCCCUUGGAGGCUUCGACUGGUUUAAUUCCACUUUUUGGUAUCGAUGUCUGGGAGCAUGCCUACUACCUACAAUAUAAAAACGUGCGCCCCUCCUAUGUAGAGGCCAUUUGGGACAUCGCUAACUGGGAUGACAUCUCAUGCCGCUACCAGGAGGCUAAAAAAUUAAAUGCUUAAUUGUACUUUGCAUUAACCAGUAGUGUAUGUAUGUUAGUAAAACAGAACCGGCGAAUAAAUCGGUAUUCAAUACUCUA